UCAACUUUCGUCGAAUAAGGACGAAGAAAAUCGAGCAAGACGCUGACUAUGUAGAAGUAUGGUUUCAUGAAUUACUAUUCUGUGCCAGAAUAGUGGACGAGCUGUGGUAGUUCCAAGUUUAUGUAAUUCGGUUAAUUGUUUUAUCUGGGCUAACAAUUAAAACAAACAUGUUUUGCAAUCGUAUAUCUUCAAUAGUUCGCCUUGCUGCAAAACAGCAGCAAGAGCAACAACAACGAGGUAUGGCAACACUUCAAGCCAUCUCUAUACGUCUUAAAUCUGUAAAAAAUAUUCAAAAAAUCACACAAUCCAUGAAGAUGGUUUCUGCUGCCAAAUACAGUAGGGCAGAACGUGAUUUAAAACAGGCUCGUCCACUUGGUAUUGGCACCAAAAUAUUUUAUGAUCAAGCUGAGAUUUCUGCACCACCUGAAGAACCAAAGAAGCUAGUUAUAGCAAUAACCAGUGAUCGUGGUUUAUGUGGUGCAGUUCAUACUGGUGUUUCACGUAAUAUCAGAGAUGCUUUAUUAGCAGAUUCUGCAGAACGAGAAAAUACAAAGAUUAUUUGUGUUGGAGAAAAAUCACGUGCAAUUUUAUCACGUUUAUUUGCUAAGAAUAUAUUAUUUGUUGCAUCUGAAGUAGGCCGUAAGCCACCUACUUUUAAUGAUGCAUCAAAAAUUGCUGUAGAAAUCAUGAACAGUGGUUAUACUUUUGGUUCUGGCCGCAUUGUAUACAACCAAUUCAAAUCUGUGGUAUCCUAUAAUGUUGAACAACUGCCUUUAUUUGAUAAAAAUGCAGUAUUAAAUGCUCCCAAGUUAAGUGUUUAUGAUUCACUUGAUGAUGAUGUUAUACAAAGUUAUUUAGAAUUCUCAUUAGCAUCCUUAUUAUUCUAUUCAAUGAAAGAAGGAGCUUGCAGCGAACAAUCCAGUCGUAUGACUGCCAUGGACAAUGCCAGUAAAAAUGCAGGAGAAAUGAUUGAUAAGCUUACUCUCACAUUUAAUCGUACACGACAAGCUGUAAUUACUAGAGAAUUGAUCGAAAUUAUUUCUGGUGCUGCUGCAUUGGAUUAAAUAUUCCAUCUCGACACCAUAAUGUGUUUUAAUAUUAGCAAUCAAUAAUAGAAGAUAGAAAACAGACAGAAGGGGUAUCUGAAUAAGUCUAAAAUAUUGUACACAAAAAACUUAUUAAAAAUGUGCUACAAUUUGGACUGAUCAUGAAUACAUACAGUUUUCAACAAAUAA